CGUCCUCCUCCUCGUCCUCCUCCUCGUGCUCACCCCAGAUCCCUCCUCCCUCCUCUUCACCUCGCCCCCCCCCCCUCACUCUCACUCAUCCAUUACUCCUCGUCGACAACAACUCUUAGAUCUCUUAUCUCUUACUCAUCCUCAUCCUCUCUCUCUCCCUCUCUCUCUCUCUUGCUCUUCAUCCUCCCGCCCCCUUCACUCUACUCGCUUUAUAUACUCUACACUCGGCAGGCCCGCGUGUACAUCAAUCAUCUACCUCGACAUCCCUAACAAUCGUCGCUCUUUCCUUCCCACACUUCAUCAACCUCCUCUGCCUCCUCGCUCCUCGCCCGCUCCUCACGCUCGGGCCAUCACUUCGACAAACCAACCCCCUCCCUAUCGGCUACACUCGCUCGCCGAUAUCCUCCCCGCCUUCGAUUCCACCUGGUGUGAACGCGUUGUCGGCUGGCCCCGACGCCUUGAGCAACACUUUCGUCCACCUUAUUAACAAUGCGCGUCGUAUCCCUCGCAGCCCUCGCUGCCCUUCCCGCUCUCGUGGCCGCGGACCCAGCGUGGCAUCAUCGCCACCGCAAUCGCCAGCCAGCCGCAUGGCAUCAGCGCUCAGGUUUGGCCGAGCGCCAGGGCGGCGUCCUCGCGUCCCUCAUCAGCGACGUGUUGAACCCGGGAGGUGAUGUUUCCUCCACAUCAUCGACCCAGCGCCCGACGUCCUCGCCUUUGAGCCAGUCCUCGACUUCCACACCAGCUUCGUCGACCCAGAGGCCACCUAGCUCGAGCAGCUCGGCUAGCUCGGCUAGACCCACAUCGUCGUCCGCCGCACCUUCCUCAUCCCCGACCAGCGAAACUUCUUCGGCAACUCCCACAUCUGAGGCGCCUUCUACAACCGAGGAGCCAUCAUCCUCUACGUCGUCUUCAACUUCGUCGUCCUCGGAACCGUCCGUCAGAUACAUCACCAAGACGGUCGAUGGCCAGGCUCAGGUCGUCACUGAGACUCCCGCGAACAGUGACAAGGCCGGCGGUGGCAGCAUCGGCACCGGUGCAAUUGUCGGCAUUGCCGUCGGUGCAGGCGUGGUCGUCAUCGCAAUUGUCGCGGUGAUCAUCAUGUUUGCGCGCCGUAGCCGCUCGUCGAGCGACGACGACGCUAUCCGCUGGCCCGAGCUCAACCACCACGGCGACACUGAGGUCCAGCAUGCGCUGCCAGUCCACCAGUCGGACAAGCACGGUGUCGGAGACCGCCGCAUGUCGCUCGGCUCUGAACUCGACGAGCCGCAGUACCUGCAGCCUGAGAACGACUACCCACACAAUGGCGCCCAGGGUGGCCUUGGCGGCUCGGCGUUUGGCGCCGCCGCCGACUUCAACAACUACGACAGCGAGAAGUACGCCUACGACCCGAACCCGCCGCAGCACCGUGCCGUUUCGCCCUACUCGUACGACGACGACAACUACACGACCUUCCCCCCGCCCGUCCAGCCGCAGCCGAGCCCUGUGCACGGUGUGCGCCCGGACUGGGCGACCGAUGGCUCAUACUCUGACGGCCACACCGGCCACAACGGGUAUGCGACGAUGCACCGCGGCAACUCGCCACCCAUGGCUGGCGUGGGGUCAUACUUCGCCUCUGGUCAGCACUCGCCGCCUCCGAUGGCUGGCGUGGGUGCGGGUGGCAUGGGCUACCCUCCUCCACAGCAGCCACACUACUAAGGGGCGAGCUCGCUGGCCGAGCCGUCUGGGCGGGGACGGGGCGUGCAGGUGUAUAAACAGUCGUAUGAACUCUGUUGCAUGCGAGGAUGGAGUGUGCUAGAUGCAACAAGGUCUGAACCCAGUGGCAGUGUCGGAGCGAGACUGGGGGGUCAGUAGUAAUCGAUGAAUCGGGAGAGCACGUGCAAAU